CUCUUGGGCCCUCCUCCCCUCCAGUAGUCCAAUACAGUCCUGCUGGAGAGUUGCCAGCCUUCCACCGGCUUCUCCUCCCAAUUCUGGGGCCAACAGGCGGAACAUUCCUGUGGGACAGGAGAAGAAGCUGCAGCCUCUGGCCAUGGCGGGACCUGAGUGGCAGUCCUUGGAGCAGUGCCUGGAACAGCAUCUGCCGCCCGAUGAGUUGGGCGAGGUGAAGCGAAUUCUCUAUGGCAAGCAGACUAGGAAGCUUGAUCUGCCCAGAAAAGCUCUAGAAACUGCAGCAGAGAGAAACUUCGAAUUGAAGGGCUAUGCGUUCGAAGCAGCCAAGGAGCAGCGGAGAUGCCCCCAGAUCGUGCGUGUGGGGCUCGUGCAGAACAGAAUACCGCUGCCCACGUCCACCCCUGUGGCAGAACAGGUCUCUGCCCUCCACAAGCGCAUAGAGUCUAUUGUUGAGGUGGCUGCCAUGUGUGGAGUCAAUAUUAUUUGUUUCCAGGAGGCAUGGAAUAUGCCCUUUGCUUUUUGUACACGAGAAAAACUGCCUUGGACGGAAUUUGCUGAGUCGGCAGAGGAUGGGCUAACGACCAGGUUCUGUCAGAAGCUGGCAAAGAGGCACAACAUGGUGGUGGUGUCUCCGAUUUUGGAACGAGAUCGAGAUCACGGGGGAGUCCUGUGGAACACAGCUGUGGUGAUCUCCAAUUCAGGACUGGUCAUGGGAAAGACCAGGAAGAACCACAUCCCCAGAGUGGGUGACUUCAAUGAGUCAACUUACUACAUGGAGGGAAACCUGGGCCACCCCGUGUUCCAGACGCAGUUUGGCAGGAUUGCAGUGAACAUUUGCUACGGACGGCACCACCCCCUCAACUGGCUCAUGUACAGUAUCAAUGGAGCAGAGAUCAUCUUCAAUCCCUCAGCCACCAUUGGCGAACUCAGUGAGUCCCUGUGGCCAAUCGAAGCCAGGAACGCAGCCAUUGCCAAUCACUGCUUCACUUGUGCUAUUAACCGUGUGGGUCAGGAACACUACCCCAAUGAGUUCACUUCUGGAGAUGGAAAGAAAGCACAUCAUGACCUUGGCUACUUUUACGGUUCGAGCUAUGUGGCGGCUCCUGAUGGCAGCCGGACCCCUGGUCUCUCACGCAAUCAAGACGGGUUGCUGGUCACUGAGCUCAACCUCAACCUCUGCCAGCAGAUUAAUGAUUUCUGGACUUUCAAGAUGACAGGCCGACUUGAGAUGUAUGCCCGGGAACUUGCUGAAGCAGUUAAACCCAACUACCGUCCCAACAUUGUGAAGGAAGACCUGCUUCCAGCCCCUAGCUCUAGUUAAGUGCUAACUUUUAAAAUGUAUCCAGGGAUUGGGUGGGAGUGGCGUUCAAUACUCAGGCAGAGGGAGGGUAGAACCGGCACGUGUGUGAGGGAUAACUGCUAACAUUGAAUACAUGGGUUUCUUCUGGGGAUUUGGAAAUGUUUUGGGAUUCAGAAGAUGAUUCAAUAACUUUGAAAUGUAUUAAAUAUAACUAGAUCGCAUA